GCGGCCAGCGGCUGAGAGGACUCAGCAGAGCCAGGAUUCUUCUCUCUUUGCUUCGCUCAGAGGAAAUUCCCUCCACUCUCUCUCUCUCUCUAGAAUCCCAGCUUCUCUCUCUCUCUCUCUCUCUCGAUAACCCACAAAAAGAAUUAGUGUUCAAGUGCAGGUAACUUGAAAGCCAACCUCAUGGCCGGUACAUGUGUGCCACAGCUGGGAACUAGCCCACAUUUAAUGCUUAGAUCACCAUCCCGACAAGUAGCAGCGUGUUGUUUCACAGAUAAUUCGAAGGUCUCCCAUUUUGGUACGUUGAGUAGAGACAAAGGAUUGACAUCCUCAAAAGCGAGCUUCUUUGCUCCAGUCUCUAUAUAUUCCUUCUUUAAACAUGGACCAUCUCAAAACUUGCAUCGUCGUAAGGGAUCUCGGCUUAUUGUCAGGGCUAAUGCUGAUUACUAUUCUGUCCUUGGCGUGUCAAAAAAUGCCAGCAAAUCUGAAAUAAAAAGUGCUUAUCGGAAGCUCGCAAGGAAUUACCAUCCAGAUGUGAACAAAGAACCUGGAGCAGAACAGAAGUUCAAGGACAUCAGCAAUGCUUAUGAGGUAUUAUCCGAUGAUGAGAAACGAUCUCUGUAUGAUAAAUAUGGAGAAGCUGGCCUCAAGGGCUCCGGUAUGGGAAUGGGGGACUUUAGCAACCCGUUCGACAUCUUUGAGUCAUUAUUUGAAGGCAUGGGUGGUAUGGGCGGGAUGGGAGGAGGCAGAGCAGCUCGCAAUCGUCCCAUGCAAGGUGAGGACGAGAGCUAUAGCCUCAUCCUUAACUUCAAAGAAGCAGUCUUUGGUGUUGAGAAAGAGAUCGAGGUCACCCGCCUGGAGACCUGCAACACAUGCGAUGGCUCCGGUGCCAAACCUGGCACCAAGCCGACCAAAUGCACGGCCUGCGGUGGCCAAGGCCAGGUUGUCUCCUCGACGAGAACCCCCUUAGGCAUAUUUCAGCAGGUCACGACCUGCUCGACCUGCAGUGGGACCGGAGAGUCAUCGACUCCUUGUAACACUUGCGGAGGCGAUGGGCGAGUUAGAAAGACGAAGAGGAUCAGUUUGAAGGUCCCGGCAGGAGUCGAUUCCGGAAGCAGGCUUAGGGUUAGGUCGGAGGGGAAUGCCGGGAGGAAAGGCGGCCCGCCUGGAGAUUUGUACGUGUUCAUCGACGUCCUCUCGGAUCCCGUGCUGAAGAGGGACGGAACAAACAUUCUCUACACGACUAAGGUUUCGUAUAUCGACGCGAUACUGGGGACGACGAUGAAGGUGCCGACAGUGGAUGGGGAGGUGGAGCUGAAGAUUCCGGCGGGGACGCAGCCGAGCACGACACUGGUGAUGGCGAAGAAAGGGGUGCCAUAUCUGGGGAAGCCUAACAUGAGGGGAGAUCAGCUGGUGAGGGUUCAGGUGGAGAUACCCAAGAGGCUGAGCAAGGAGGAGAGGAAGUUGGUAGAUGAGCUAGCAAACCUCAGGAACAAGACCAAGACUGCCAACAGCAGAAGAUAGUCUUGGGGACUACUUUUCGUGUUCUAGAUAUUCUUUACCAUGAAAUGCUGUAGCAGGAGAGAAAGCAGCAAGUUUUGUUAACUAUAUGAGCAUGCAUGAUUUCAAAUUUGUGGACUGGAUAGUGCUAGACUACUAGUUAUAUAUUAAAGGAGGAAGAAAUCCAGUACUUUCCUCAAAUCAUUUGGUA